CAACCAGUCCGUUCAGUGCUUCUGCCAAGUGGGAGGGAUAUGCCUUCUACCAGCCCAGCUUCAGGGACUCAUUGCCCUAUCUCCUCUUCCCUCUGUCUUCAGAGCCUAGAGCUGCCAGGGAGACCCACAGCUACUCUGUCUAUCCUAACUGGAAAUCUCUCUUCUCCCGGACCCCCCAGGAAACCUUCCAAUGGCUCCAGAGCUGGCCCUAAAGCAAGACUAGAGGCCAAAUCAGUCAACAGCCCUCUCCCUGCCCAACCCAGCUUGGCCCAGAUCACCCAGUUCCGAAUGAUGGUGUCCCUGGGACAUUUGGCCAAAGGAGCCAGCCUGGAUGAUCUUAUUGACAGCUGCAUUCAAUCUUUUGAUGCAGAUGGGAACCUGUGUCGAAGUAACCAGCUGUUACAAGUCGUGCUGACCAUGCACCGAAUCAUCAUCUCAUCAGCCGAGCUGCUACAAAAACUCAUGAGCUUAUAUAAGGAUGCCUUGGAGAAGAAUUCUCCAGGAAUUUGCUUGAAAAUCUGCUAUUUUGUCAGGUAUUGGAUAACAGAAUUCUGGAUCAUGUUCAAAAUGGAUGCCAGCUUGACCAGUGCCAUGGAAGAGUUUCAGGACCUGGUGAAAAGCAAUGGUGAAGAGUCCCACUGCCGCCUGAUUGACACUACGCAAAUUAAUUCUCGAGACUGGUCCAGGAAACUGACUCAAAGGAUAAAAUCAAAUACCAGCAAGAAGCGGAAAGUCUCCCUGCUGUUUGACCAUCUGGAACCUGAGGAACUGUCUGAGCACCUCACCUACCUUGAGUUCAAGUCCUUCAGAAGGAUUUCUUUCUCUGAUUAUCAAAAUUACCUUGUAAAUAGCUGCGUGAAGGAGAACCCCACCAUGGAGCGGUCCAUUGCCCUGUGCAAUGGCAUCUCCCAGUGGGUACAACUGAUGGUUCUCAGCCGUCCCACCCCACAGCUCCGGGCAGAGGUCUUCAUCAAGUUCAUCCACGUGGCUCAGAAGCUCCACCAGCUACAGAACUUCAACACGCUAAUGGCUGUGAUAGGGGGACUGUGUCACAGCUCCAUCUCCAGGCUCAAGGAGACAAGUUCACACGUACCACAUGAGAUCAAUAAGGUUCUGGGUGAGAUGACUGAACUGCUGUCCUCCUGCAGAAACUAUGACAACUACAGGCGGGCCUAUGGGGAGUGCACCCACUUCAAAAUCCCCAUACUGGGAGUGCACCUCAAGGACCUCAUUUCCCUGUAUGAAGCCAUGCCUGACUAUCUGGAGGAUGGGAAGGUGAACGUCCAGAAGCUCCUGGCCCUUUACAAUCAUAUCAAUGAAUUGGUCCAGUUGCAAGAGGUGGCCCCACCUUUGGAUGCCAAUAAGGACUUGGUGCAUCUGCUGACGUUAUCCCUGGACCUAUACUACACAGAAGAUGAAAUCUAUGAGCUUUCCUAUGCCCGAGAACCAAGGAACCACAGAGCCCCGCCACUAACCCCUUCGAAGCCUCCGGUUGUAGUGGACUGGGCCUCUGGUGUAUCUCCGAAACCUGACCCGAAGACCAUCAGCAAACAUGUCCAGAGGAUGGUGGAUUCCGUCUUCAAGAACUAUGAUCUUGACCAGGAUGGGUACAUCUCUCAGGAGGAGUUUGAAAAGAUUGCUGCGAGCUUCCCAUUCUCCUUCUGUGUGAUGGACAAAGACAGGGAAGGCCUUAUCAGCAGGGACGAGAUCACGGCCUACUUCAUGCGGGCCAGCUCCAUCUACUCCAAGCUCGGCCUGGGCUUUCCUCACAACUUUCAAGAGACCACCUACCUGAAGCCCACUUUCUGUGACAACUGUGCUGGCUUUCUCUGGGGAGUGAUCAAGCAAGGUUAUCGCUGUAAAGACUGUGGAAUGAACUGCCAUAAACAGUGCAAAGAUCUGGUGGUGUUUGAAUGCAAGAAGCGAAUCAAGAGCCCAGCAGUAUCCACAGAGAAUAUUAGCUCUGUGGUGCCAAUGUCCAACCUUUGCCCACUGGGAACCAAAGAUCUGCUCCAUGCACCCGAGGAAGGAUCUUUUAUAUUCCAAAAUGGGGAGGCUGUGGAUCACAGCGAGGAGAGCAAGGAUCGGACCAUCAUGCUCCUGGGCGUGUCCUCACAGAAGAUUUCAGUUAGGCUGAAGAGGACUGUUGCCCACAAGACCACCCAGACAGAGUCGUUCCCUUGGGUGGGCGGCGAGGUGCCUGCUGGUCACUUUGUGCUGUCUUCCCAAAGGAAGCCACCACAGGAUACUCUUUUUGUGCUUCCCAGUCCCACGUCCCCAUGCCCCAGCCCAGUACUGCUCCGAAAGCGGGCCUUCGUCAAGUGGGAGAACAAGGAAUCGCUUAUAAAACCCAAACAGGAGCUUCACCUCCGGCUCCGGACCUACCAAGAACUGGAACAGGAAAUAAAUACCCUAAAAGCAGAUAACGAUGCACUGAAAAUCCAACUGAAGUACGCACAGAAGAAAAUAGAGUCCCUUCAGCUUGCGAAAAGCAAUCAUGUCUUAGCACAGACAGAUCGGGGUGAUUGUUCCUAAUCCAGAUAUCCAAGGUACAGACUCCGUGGAGGAGUAUACUAGGAUCUCACUUCAAAAACAGACUGCAGAGGUUUGGGCAACUUUGGAUUAACAGCCUUGAAAAGAGGAAAGCCAGCCAUUAUUGCCAGCAUCAUUGUUUUUGUUGUUGUUUUGUUUUAGAAUAUUCUUAAUGUGAGUCAUUGGUUUUUAGUCAGUUGACUCAAUGGGAAGAAAAGUUCAAGUAUGUAAAGCUUUGAGCAUUCAUAUUAAAAGCCUUUUCUUUCUUUACCGGAACCAAUAACAAACAAGUGCUAAAAUAAGACCAUGGUUUCCUGAUAGUGUCUCAGGCAGUCUGCUUUACUGAGUUAUAGAUAAAACGUCCCUGGAGAGUCAAUUGCUGCCUUCCCCAGGGUUUCUGCGAACUAAGAGAUUUACUUUGUUCUACCCAAAGUCUGUUCAUAAUGGAAACAAUACCCAAAAGUGGUGACUUUGACAUGCCUGCAUUAUUUGUGAAACUGAUCCCCACUUCACUACCUCAGGUCCGAUCAAGAGCCUCCUUCCCAGUCCACCCUCACUUGCUUGUUGCCACAUCAGCAUAUCUAACUAGAAGUGAACUAGAGAUGUAGCCUGGUUAUAAAUCCAGGGCUUUUUAAUUGCACCUGACAUUAUCCAAUUGCAGGUCAACUCAUAACUCUAGGUCUUAGUCAUCAUGAAAAACAAACUAAAUCGUACUAUCCACAAACAGCAAUUACCAUGUCAUACACAGCUAAUUAGCUAAGACAACAACAUAAACAUGUUUGUCCAGAUAUUCUCUAGUGGGUACAAUUAAGAAUCCAUGAUAUUUUAAUAGAAAUGUUCUGUGGACAGUGUUUAAUUCUUCAUAUUUGACUUUCUCUCACUCUUUUAAAAAUUAUCCUAAGGUUUUCUUUUGAACUGAAUUUGUGCUUAAACUGUCUUCACUUUUACUAUCUAGAAAUAAGCUAACAGAAAUGAUGGCUUGAACAGCUGACAGCAUGUAUAUAUGUACAGAAUAUGUAUAUACAGUAUCAGGCAUGCAGGUAGCUUGGACUUUUCAUUUAGAGAAUGCAGAUGUGAAUCAAAUACCUUUUAGUCAUUUACACAAAAUCACAAAUAUAGUCCUGUUCGUUAUAAGACAAACUGCUAACAAUAUAAAUUGUAUUGUUUUGCAAUACCAUGA